AUGCCGAAGAUCCAGGAAUUAUUGUCUUUGAGCAACGCUUCCCCCAGGUCAUGGAGCUGGAUGCGAAACCAUGGGGUCCGAAGAUGCAGGGACCUUGAUUGCUUUGCUUUUCAUGGUGUUUUUCCGGCCCUCCGAAAUUGCACGGUGGGUAACUAUGCUCCUAGUCACCAGGGGGGCGCGCCACUGGUGAUCUACAAUGCUUCCAAAACCGGCCUCACACCAAUGACAGUGUUUGCACCCUUGACCACGCCGAAGGCACAGCAUAUGUUUGCUGGUGAUGGCCUCAUUGGCUCUGGUGUGAAGGGAACAGUUCAUCGAAUUCCUGCCGGAUGGCAGCAGUUAUUUGUAUUGUCAGCAGGCCAGGGAAUUUUGGAUGGAAUGAUGUCUUGGGGCGACCGUAUGCUGAAAUUCACUGGCAAGCCCCGUGCUGACAUGUACCGAGAUGACGUUGUGGGUAGCAUUGGCUUUUGGACCGACAAUGGUGGCUACUACCAUUAUGCAACGGGUACUAACGAGACCUAUGAGGAGGUCCUGCCAAAGGUCAAGGCGUACCAUGACUCUCUCGAAGUUCCAUUCAAGCAUUGGCAGUUUGACUCAUGGUUCUACCCCAAAGAUGGCAAAGUUGAUCCUGGCGGUGGCGGUGGGGCUGUGGUGAACUGGACGGCAUUGCCAUCGGUGUUUCCGCAUGGAAUGGCUUACAUUCAGUCAAAGCUGCAAGUGCCGAUGGUGAUGCACAACCGCCAAUGGUCGCCCUCUUCUGAUUACGUGAAGCAUGAGCCUUUCAACUGGUACUUGUCUAAGACAGCGGCAGUCCCCGAAGAUCCUGAAGCUUUCUUCAGGUGGUUCUUCACUCAACAAGAGGGUUGGGGAUUAUCCAUGUAUGAGCAGGACUGGAUGUGUACAGAGUAUGACAACGUUGAGGCAUUGCAGACUAAUGUCUCUCUUGCAGACCUGUGGCUCCGUGGAAUGGCUGUGGGCGCAGAGAGCAGUGGGAGGACUGUCCAGUAUUGCAUGCCUUAUCCGUAUGAUGUUCUCUCUGCGGCUGCCUAUCCUGCCGUGACCAAUGCCAGAGCAACAGAUGACUACAUCGAGAGGGACAAGCAGUGGGCCAUUGGAACAACGUCAAUGUUCUAUUGGGCUAUUGGAAUCCUGCCGUUCAAAGAUGGCUUCUACUCCAGUAACUUGCCACAGACAGGUGGGCAGAUAGUCGGGCCCGAGAUUCGGCCGAACAGGGCCACCCUCAUGGCGGCACUGUCUGGUGCGAUGGUCGGGCCAAUGGAUGGCAUCCACUUGUUGAAUGCCUCACGGGUGAUGUCCACUUGCAGGGCCGAUGGCAGAGUGCUCAAGCCAGACAGACCUGUAAUGCCACUGGAGUCAUGUUUUUCUAAAGGCAUCGAUCCAGCCAGCUGCCACAAUUACUUUACCUACUCAGAUUUGAAUGGCUUGGGCAGAGUCUUCUACAUCUUCACAAAUGCCCCUCACCCAUUGCAGCUAAGUGAAGUGAUGCCUGCAGGACAGGACACACAUGACUAG